AUCAUUACAUUAACUAAUCAUUCGACCUAAAAAUAUUAAUAAAACAAAGACAAAAGUUAAUGUUUUCUCGUCAUUCAAUCAAGGCUUUCUUGCUUCUCAUGCAAACCACAAAUAAUUCCAGAUCUCCGAAAAUUAAAUAGUACAAGUAUAAUAUAAAUAUAAUAUAUAUAUAUAUAUAUGAAUUUUUUCAAAUUCCCACAAAAUGGGCCUAUCGCUUAACGAAUUACGGAUGGAUCUCCUUCGUCUCUGACUGCUUGGAGAAGUAGGCUCCAUACACGUGUUAUUACAGUCUAUACUUGCAACUUUUCUUCAUAAAAUUUUAUCUUGGCGCACUAUUUUUGGGUGUUGAGUGAUUUUAGGAGGGGUUGUAAUUAUUUGGAGGUCAGGAAUGAGUGGAAUUUCCUGUUUUUUCGGGUAAUAUUUUGGAAAUAAUUCAUAGCUUCGGCGUUUGACUUUUUGUCUCUUGUGGUUUCUGGUGAUUCUUGGUGCUGGAACGAGGAAGGACCCUACCAUUGCAGGAGAAUGGAGGGCGCAAAAGUUUUGAUCGAGGAUGCGCCUCCUGCACCAGGAACUUCACCUCUGAAAGAGGACCAGCCAACAGCUGCAGAGAUCACGAACGUUUCUGAAUUGGCUUCAAGAGAGAAUCUGGUCGAAACUUCUCCUGACGCAGGUGGGGAAACGGUAGCUGCAGAAGAGGAAGCUACCACACCUGCAGAUGCCCAAGACGCCACUCUCUCAGUCGAGGAGGAGAUGAAUAAAGAACCUGCAGAAGGUAUCCCUCAAGAUAAUAAUAAUGCCACAUUGCUUAGAGAACCCGUUUCACCAAGUGCAUUGGAAGCAAAGGUGGACAACGCCACCAUGUUCGAGAAUAAAGAACCAGUAGAAGCAUCUGUUCAACCGAGCACAUCAGAAGGUAAUGCCUCAGUUGCAUCACCCGAGCCUCUUCAAGUACAAAACCUCGGCCUCAAAAUUAUUGCACGUCCGUCACCCGAGGAUGAUCAUAUACCACCUACUUCGUCACCUCAAGUCAGAAAUGAUCCCACUUUCCAGCUGCCCAAAAUAGCAACAAAAUCUAACAAGCCUGAAAAGUUCCCCGACCUACCUGAGACGCCUAGGACACCUAGGACACCUAGGACGCCUAGGACUCCUAGAACGCCUCGAACGCCUAAAACACCAACUAGCAUCGACUUCACCAGAGGUCAAGUUGAUACGACAGCACCUUUUGAAUCCGUGAAGGCCGCUGUUUCAAAGUUUGGUGGGAUCGUGGACUGGAAAGCCCACCGUAUGCAGGCUGUCGAGAGACGAAAAACCAUAGAGGAGGAACUUGAGAAAGCUCAAGUGGAGAUACCGUUGUAUAAGAAACAAUCCGAGGAUGCCGAAGAGGCCAAAGUCUUAGUUCUGAAAGAACUAGACAGCACUAAGAGACUUAUCGAAGAGUUGAAGCUCAAUCUCGAACGAGCACAAACAGAGGAGCAACAGGCGAAGCAGGACUCUGAGCUUGCAAAGCUCAGGGUCGAAGAGCUGGAGCAAGGGAUUGCCGAUGAAUCCAGCUUCGCCGCCAAGGCGCAGCUUGAGGUCGCCCAAGCAAGGCAUGCGGCUGCCGUUUCAGAACUCAAGGCCGUUCAAGACGAGUUGGAACAGCUCAGACGGGACUAUGACCUGUUGGUAGCCGAGAAAGAUGCAUAUGUGAAGAAGGCAAAAGAAGCUAUUGCCAAAUCGAAAGAGAUUGAGAAGUCCGUGGAGGAUUUGACAAUCGAGCUUAUCACUGCAAAAGAGUCGUUGGAAUCUGCACACGCCGCCCAUCUGGAGGCGGAGGAGCACAGAAUCGGGGCAGCUAUGGCGAAAGAACAGGACAUGCUCAACUGGGACAAGGAGAUCAAGCAAGCUGAGGAGGAUCUUGAGAAGAUGAAGCAGCAGGUUUCAUUGUCGAAGGAUUUGAAGUCAAAGUUGGCGACUGCAACUGCGUUGCUGCAAGAUUUGAAGGCUGAAUUGGCAACGUACCUCGAAUCAGGACCAGAGCAGGAUUCUGGACAUUUCAAAGAUGUGAUCAACGAAACAGAUAAAGCAACCCGGGGUCAAAUCGAUGCAGCUCUUUCUGCAGCUAAGAAGGAACUCGAGGAAGUGAAGCUCAAUUUUGAGAAAACGACCGAUGAAGUCGCUAUCUUGAAGGUGGCUGCCUUAUCGUUGCAGUCGGAACUCGAAAAGGAAAAGACAGAACUGACUACUGUUCAGCAAAGGGAGGGAAUGGCAUCAAUUGCCGUUGCGUCUCUUGAAGCUGAGCUGAAUCAGACGAAAUCCGAAAUCGUGCUUAUGCAGCUUAGGGAGAAAGAAGACAGAGAGAGAAUGGUGGAACUUCCAAAGAAGCUACAAAAGGCAGCACAAGAGGCUGAUCAAGCGAAGACCCUCGCCCAGAUUGCUCGUGACGAGCUCAGAAAGGCGAAGGAAGAAGCCGAACAAGCGAAGGCGGGUGCCGGUACCAUGGAGAGCAGAUUACGUGCUGCUCAGAAGGAAAUCGAAGCAGCUAGAGCUUCUGAGAGGUUGGCAUUGGCCGCUAUCAAUGCAUUGUUGGAGAGUGAGUCUUCUCAAAGCAACAACGAGGAGGAUUUGCCAGCUGGAGUAACACUCUCAUUGGAAGAAUACUACGAGCUCAGCAAGAGAGCCCACGAGGCCGAAGAGGAGGCGCAUGCGCGCGUGGUCGCUGCUCUUGCCGAGAUCGAGGUAGCUAAGGAGUCCGAGAUGAACACCUUGAAGAAGCUGGAGGAGACCAACCGUGAAAUGGCUGAACGAAAGAAUGCCCUGGAAAUCGCGUUGCAGAAGGCCGAGAAAGCCAAAGAAGGGAAACUAGGCAUCGAGCAAGAGCUGCGCAAGUGGAGGGCCGAGCACGAGCAAAGGCGGAAAGCUGGAGAGUCAGCUCCGAGCCCGAAGGCAGGCUCAGACGAGAAGCUGGACGUCAAGAGCCACGUCAGCACAUUCAAAUCCGCGCCUCUCCAUCAGGUAUCGAGCCCCAAGUCGUUCACAAGCAACACGGGAACGGAUACGUCUCCGGAAGUGAAGCCUCUCAAGAAGAAGAAGAGAUCCUUCUUCCCAAGAAUAUUCAUGUUCUUGGGCAAGAAGAAGUCGUCCAAGUCAUCGUCGGCAUCGUGAUCGUCUUCUCGUAUCGCUUGUGGGUAGUAAACGCCUGCCCUUGGAAGUGAGUUUUUCUCAAAACCACCUUAAUCUGUUGUCCAUUCUUGACAAACGUCUAUAUUUGUAUAGCAGUAUUGUUGUGUACAAUAGGUUGCUCAGAUCCUAAAUUUCUUUUUUUUUUUCCUAAUACUUGAUUGGGUUUUACAGUUUGUAAUCUUAGCUUGGUGUGGCUAUGAGGGAUUGGAUUCUGUAACGAAACUUUUCUGCUUUUUGAUUCAUUAAUAUUCAAAGUUUUGUUUCUAUAUA